AUAGUGUUUUUAGAAGAGGCAUCUCAGCAAGAAAAACUGGCCAAAGAAUGGUGCUUCAAGCCAUGUGAAGUAAGAGAACUGAGCCACCAUGAGUUCUUCAUGCCUGGGCUCGUUGACACACACCUCCAUGCCCCUCAGUAUUCCUUCGCUGGAAGCAACGUAGACCUGCCACUUUUGGAGUGGCUGACCCACUACACAUUCCCUACAGAACUAAAGUUCCAGAGCAUUGAACUUGCUGAAGAAGUCUAUACCAGAGUUGUUAGGAGAACAUUGAAGAAUGGAACAACUACAGCUUGCUACUUCGGAACAAUUCACACUGACUCAUCUCUGCUCCUUGCAGAAAUUACAGACAAAUUUGGGCAGCGAGCAUUUGUGGGCAAGGUAUGCAUGGAUUUGAAUGACACGGUUCCGGAAUACAAGGAGACCACUGAGGAGUCAAUCAAGGAAACAGAGAGGUUUGUGUCCGAAAUGCUUCAAAGGAAUUAUUCAAGGGUGAAACCCAUAGUGACCCCACGUUUUUCCCUUUCCUGCACCGAGACUCUGAUGAGCGAACUUGGCAACAUCGCCAAGACCCAUGACCUGCACAUCCAGAGUCAUAUAAGUGAAAAUCGUGAAGAAGUUGAAGCUGUGAAAAACUUACACCCCAAUUACAAAGACUACACAGAUACCUAUGAUAAAAACAAUCUUCUGACAAACAAGACAGUAAUGGCGCAUGGCUGCUACCUUUCUGCUGAAGAACUUAACAUCUUCUGUGAACGAGGAGCAUCAAUUGCACAUUGUCCCAACUCUAAUUUAUCGCUGAGCAGUGGCUUUCUGAAUGUGCUUGAAGUCCUGAAACAUGAAGUGAAGAUUGGGCUGGGCACAGAUGUGGCUGGUGGUUAUUCUUCUUCCAUGCUCGAUGCCAUCAGAAGAGCCUUGAUGGUCUCCAAUAUCCUUUUAAUUAAUAAGGUAAAUGAGAAAAGCCUCACCCUCAAAGAAGUCUUCAGACUAGCCACUCUUGGAGGAAGCCAAGCUCUGGGGCUGGAUAGUGAGAUUGGAAAUUUUGAAGUGGGCAAGGAAUUUGAUGCCCUCUUGAUUAACCCCAAAGCAUCAGACUCUCCCAUUGAUCUGUUUUGUGGAGAUUUUGUUGGAGAUAUUUCUGAGACUGUUAUCCAGAAGUUCUUCUAUCUAGGAGAUGACCGAAAUAUUGAAGAGGUUUAUGUGGGUGGAAAGCAGGUGGUUCCAUUUUCCAGCUCGGUGUAAGACCCCUGGCCAUCCACGAAGUUCUCCUGGGAUGACACACAUCUUCCCUGUGCCCAGGUGCUGGUUAGAAAGCUAAAAAUAAGUACCUUGUUCUUUGGAUGACUAUCUCUUUGUGUCUAGUUACAGUACCCACUUGGUAAAUUGUUUGAAGGAGGUGCACUACUUUUCAACUCUGGUUGGGGGCAUUCAUACUUUCAUGGAAAUGCCUCCCUUUGGAGCUGUUCAGAUUUGUGUCAAGUUCAAACAGAAGGCCACGUCACUGCUGGGCUGCGCUUGCAUUGAAGUAAAACCUUUCUAUAUAGGGAAAUGUGAAAGGAAGAAAUAUUCCUAUGUGGUUAGAUAUUCUGAGCUAAUAAGUGUGAAAAUUAGGAAUCUGAACAUGGACCAAUGAGUACAUUUUCAUGAGAGGGCACAACUUAGACUGUGAACAAAUGGUGGAAAACCACUUCAGAUUGUGUUUGGAAAUUAUGUACUGAACGUAGUCAUUUAAAAAGAGAACUCACUAAAUUUUAAACUGUGUUUCUAGGUUGACCUUGUACUUCGGAAAUUUAUGCUUCAUGGAAUUUGCAUUUCAGAGAUGUGUUACUGUUGUGCUUUGCCUUCCUUAGGGAUGAAUGUCAGAAACCGAAUGCCAUAUACUUUUAAAAUAUAGUUCUGUGCUUCAAAGUAUUUGACAGAAGUUGAGUAUUAAAGAUUUCAAGUCUCUUAGGGGAUAGCAUUCAUAAAGCCACAUGGCAUCAACAGUUGUGUUUUUGUGUACUUCAAAGUCACCUUCAUUUUUGGCUAUGUGAUGUUAAAAUGUGAUGUUAAAACUGCUUCCAUUUCAUUUGAUGAAAACAAAUCCCAUAUGUCAUUGCUGUAUAGACUGGAGUCUUCUUAAACUGGAGAGUACUGGGUGUCCUAGGGAUGGUAACACUAAUAAAACAGGGUCCUAAUCUGUCCAACACCACACAUCAGCAUUGCUGGACCACUCACACUCCUGUCAGUGUGCUAGAGUUUAAAAGCCAGAGCCAGUCCCACUAAGGAAACAUAAGGAAAGAACUGUAUGGCCUAUAUAUUGAAAACACUUUAUUUUUCUAAUUUAUCCAACUGUCUCUUUAAUUCCUUAAGGUUUUUCUGGCAUUAAAAUUUUAGGAUAAUGAAGACUUAUAUAAAGGUUCCAUUUAAUGCUUAUAUUAGUAGGACUUAACCUGUAAUAGACAUGUAGGAAAAUUAAACAAGAAAAAGGUAUUUUAUAUUUCCUGAUAUAGCAUCCAUUUUAGACUUGAAACAAGAUUAUGACUAUAUGAUAAAUCUUUAUAAAGUAUUGGUAUGAAUUCUAUUCAAAUCCUCCAUUUUCUUAACUUAUUCUAGGUCCUAUACACAAACAAGGACAAAGAACAGUUUUCCUUAAUAUAAUAUAUCAUACCAUUGACUCCUAGGGCUUAGGUAAGAUUCAAUAUGAUCUUAAGAAGAAAAAUCUUAUGUUCUAUAGUUAAUUCUGUAUUUUCAGAUCUGAGAACACAAUUCCUCUACUGUCAUGUAAAUAUCACUUUCACGUAUUCAUGCUAUUUCAGCAGUAAUUUGUCCACAUUCUUUUUCCUGGUAGAAACACUUUUAGAUUUGAUUGUGUAUACAUUACAUUUAAAGAUGCGACACAUUUUUUAUCUUAUUUUGUUUUAUAAAAUCAACAGAGUUUGUUCUGUGUGGGAUAAAAAGUAAUUAAAUCCAACUUCCAGUCUCAGUCUGAAUGUCCAGUAAUUCUAGAUCCUCAGCCAAGGCAAAGAUCACCUGCCAGAUUCCUCCCCACUCCCCUCUAAUGCCAGGAAAUGUUUUCUGCUCUUUUGACCUAGAUGAAGGAACUUAGUUACAGGAUGUCUAGCCUGAACAAGGAGACUGGGGAGCUUAGAUGUGAUGGGUAAGAGCCUCUGACAGUCAACAGCUGUUUUCAGCUUUUGUGAGAUGCUACACUACCUUCCUUAAGGGUGUGCAUUUUGAUGUUGAACAUCAGUUUUUAUUUAAACAUAAGGUUCACAUACAGUAAUAUAGAUAAGUGUGGUUUUUCAAUAGCCAAUAUGGCAUCAUUCUGUCAAACUUUCAGUUGUCCUGAUAGUAUAAGAGCUGAGUAACUUUUCUAGUAAAAACGGAGUAUGAUGAAAUGUUUAUACGUACUGUGCGCUCCCUGCAUCUCUUCUAACUUAUGUGUUUUAUCUCCCCAAAUCCAGUAUUCCUGAGUGUUUCACAUACUUUAGUACCCCACACAUGGGGCCACAUGUUCUGCACUUUGAAUGUCACCUUUACCUACUGUAGACUGACUUUCUGACUUGCACACCGGCACAUGCCAAGCCUGACCCUAGUUGUCACUUUAUUUUUGAAUGGUGUUUUUUCUCUGACAAGAAAGAACUAAAACCAUGUUAACCCUCCCUCCCACUCUCUGCCAUUUGCUUUACUUCCCUGGAAUUUUUGAUGGCAUACUAUUGUAAAAGGCUUUUUUAAAGUCCAAAUUAUCAUGUACAGUAUAUUUAUAAACUAUUCUUGCAAUCAGAACACAAAGUAGGCUAAUCAACCAAGUUGAAUUUGAUUUUCAAAAGGGAGGGAAAUAUAGGAAAAAGGAGAUUAGGUUGUGAGAGGUUGUUCUAAUCAGAGAUUGGGCCCCUCUGUUGUAUUAUCUCAGUUGUUUCUUGGCUUGAACUGUCAAAGAUCCAGGACUCCAAGAGAGUCCUUGGUUCAAGCUCCCUUCAUGCCAGAGGGAGGUCUUUCUAAGUUAGUUCUGUGAGCAUUGAACUCCAUUGAAUCUCUUUUCCUCAGUGAGAAAUCUUCAAGUUAGAGGAAAGAAAAUGGCAGGAAACGUCCUCUUUCUGCUUAGCUGAUUUUGAAGUGUGCCCCUGAAUAUUCCAGUUGGCAGCCGUUCUGCAGUCUUGCAGAGGAAACGCAAUGGCUGUGAGAUCUAGCAAUGUAUUUCAAGUCUUCUCUCUUCGCUCUCUAUCAGAGUGUGCCUAUUUUGAAGUUUCUCACUUCAGAAGCAGACACAGAAAUCCUUGCAGGCAAGUGAGAGGCUCAUUCUAUCAUUUCUACCUUGUGCUACACAUGGAAGAGCCCCAGAGCUGGAUGCUUCUGCUGUUUUAGAAACAGGCGGGUUGAAAGUUCAUCAUGGGCAAUCAUUUGAAAUAAUUUAAAAUUGCAGGAACUAUGUCAAUUUUUUUGAGACCAAAAGGAGAUGUUUGCAAUUUCUGGUCUAUUAGAUACAGCAGGCAUGAAUUUACACCUUAAAAUUUAUGUCUCCAGAGAAGACAUUAACAAAUUUCAAAAGACCCAGAAAGAAGCAGACAGGUCACUGCUAGAAAACUCUGUUACUGUGCAUGUUUUCAAACCUACCCUCAACUUUCCUUCCCACCCUUGAAUGUGAGAGGUGGAGUAUAGAAGGGGAAGUUUGGGAUCUAGUCCAAAUUUAGUGAAAUUCAAAAGCCAAAUAAGUCAACAAUGAAAUCAAAUGUAACUUCUGAGAAGGCUUUUACCAGGUUACUUGAGUAACUGAUGUCACUAUUAACACAACUGUUGUGUGGCAGUAAUUCACUUGCCCAUCUCCUAUCAAAAAGCCUGUCAUAAAAGCAUUCCUGAAGUUAUUGUUAGACUCUUGAUUGCUGUUCUUAAGCCUAUACAUGUAUGUAUUCAAGGGGAUGUUCUUCCCCACAGUAUCUGUAUGAUUUGCUUAUUGUUACUGUGCUGUGUGAGCUCCUUCGUGCACCAGGAAAAAAAAUAAAUGAAAUUUUGUGUUUACAUUAUU